UUCCUGUGUCGGACGCAUAAUUCAGUUGCGCAUCCUCUUCAAUCUAUGGUCGAAACUAGCAAACUCAUUGUUAUACACGGAGAGUGAACAACCUUAAACAUGUUUCUGACAAGGUCUGAGUAUGAUAGAGGAGUAAACACUUUCUCUCCAGAGGGACGGUUGUUUCAAGUGGAGUAUGCCAUUGAGGCCAUUAAGUUGGGGUCCACUGCAAUUGGCAUUCAGACUUCAGAAGGAGUUUGUCUAGCUGUGGAGAAAAGGAUAACCUCUCCUCUGAUGGAGCCCAGCAGCAUUGAGAAAAUUGUUGAAAUUGAUACUCACAUAGGUUGUGCAAUGAGUGGUCUGAUUGCUGAUGCCAAAACUCUAAUAGACAAAGCAAGAGUGGAAACACAGAACCACUGGUUCACAUACAAUGAAACCAUGACUGUUGAGGCUGUGACACAGGCUGUGUCCAACUUGGCACUGCAGUUUGGGGAAGAAGAUGCUGACCCAGGAGCAAUGAGUCGACCAUUUGGCGUGGCACUCCUUUUUGGAGGCAUGGAUGAGAAGGGACCCCAGUUAUACCACAUGGACCCAUCAGGCACGUUCGUUCAAUGUGAUGCAAGAGCCAUUGGCUCUGCAUCUGAGGGGGCCCAGAGCUCGCUGCAGGAAGUCUACCAUAAGUCCAUGACAUUAAAAGAUGCCAUCAAGUCUUCUCUUACUAUCCUGAAACAAGUUAUGGAGGAGAAACUGAAUGCUACAAACAUUGAGCUUGCUACAGUGGAGCCUGGAAAGACUUUUCACAUGUACUCUAAAGAGGAGCUGGAAGAUGUCAUCAAGGACAUUUGAGAGAUUUAAUUGAUGCAACUGGAUGAUCACAAAGCACUCAUAUCUGGCUGUCCAACAUCUCUAAUAAUCUCUUUUUUGUGGAAGUUCAGUAAAGCUUAAGAGGAUAUCUUGGUACAAAUAAACUGAUGAGUGAUAUUGACGUUAAUCAUAUGCUUUUCUUAGAUGUGUGUAGUUGCAUCUCACCAUAUAGAUAAUUCUCUGACCAUAAAUCAAUUGUAUGAAUUCUGUAUAACACAAAAAAUGGUAUUUGUAUUCCUAAGCAACAUGGGUGGCCAUGUUUUAGACCAAGUGCCAAGAUGGUCUGUAUUGUUUGGUCAUCUAAGGGCUUUUCUGCAUUUUGAUAUCCUGUCCUAAUAAAUGUAUUUCAGACCAACCUUUCUUA